UCCUACCAUGCUGUCGCGUUCUCUGGUUAAAAGAUAGAUCGGAAGUGGGCGUGCCGGCUCACGGCUGUGGUUGGAAGUCUGGAAAUGUGUCAAGCAGAAGAUAAUAACACCACGUCACUUCAUACGUCUUGGUCCUGCCUUGCCUACCACGCUUUUGCAACACUAUUAAAAGAGUGAAAGCUGAAGAACUUCUUUUCAAAGGCUUUUCAGUUCAGUUCUUACUUCUUCGUUCACUUCAGCCUUAUAGAUCGAGACUACAAAAUCAACACCUCACUCAUCGGACAUCGGCAAUGAAUCCCAAAGGAACCAUCAUCUUCACCUCCGUCGGCAGACCCUACUAUGGAUUCGACAUCUUUUCAGUCUCUCUCCCAUCAAUCAUAGCUGCCACAACUUCGUGGAAGGAGCAUCGCUUAACAGACGGUAUCUCCGUCAAUUUUAAUGGUCAGUUUGUUGACGAAGACGAGACUCUCGUGUAUGUAUCGGAGAGGACUGGCUAUGCUCGGGUCUAUUUGAACCAAGCAAACUCUCCAAAGCCGAAGCAACUCCCCUCUGUGGCUGACAGCCUCUUCCACGAUCGCCCCAUCGUGAAAGACGGCCGAUUAUACUUUGUCUCGGCUCACGAACCGGCCGAUAAACACUUGAAAAGCUGGUCAGCCCUGUACUCAACGCUGCUUGAUCAUGGAAAAAUCGAGCGACUAACUCCUUAUAAAGCCGUUGAUUACAGUCCUUCUAUAUCGCAGAGCGGAAAAUUUAUCGCCGUCGCGUCGUACGGAUUCCGUCCAUGGGGCGGCGAAUUUCAUGAACUUGAUACGGAUAUCGUAGUUUUCCCGGAAUCCGAUCCUACCCAGCGUACCACUAUAUGUAAGCGCGGUGGAUGGCCCACGUGGUCCGGCGACUCAACGAUCUUCUUCCACCGCCAAGCCGACGAUGGAUGGUGGAGCAUUUUCCGAGUAGAUCUUCCAGAAAAUUUCCAGCUUUCCGGUGUAUGUGAAGCUCCUCGUCGGGUUACCCCACCGGGACUCCACGCAUUUACUCCAGCGGCAUCGCAUGACGGCAAACGAAUCGCUGUUGCGACUCGGCGGCGAGAGAAUAGCUUUAGGCACAUCGAGAUAUUUGAUCUAGAGCUAGAGUCGUUUUGCAGGGUAACGGAGACUCUAAACCCAAAAUUUCACCACUAUAAUCCUUUUUUCUCCCCGAAAUCAGGUUUUCUCGGAUACCACCGAUUCCGAGGUAAAUCGGCUUCAGGAGACUCAAUCGUUCCGCAUCUCGAACUUGUAACUUCUCCGGUGAAGGAACUGAGGAUGCUCCGGCUUAACGGAUCAUUCCCUUCGUGUUCUCCCGAUGGCGACUUGAUCGCGUUCAACCACGACUUCGAUGCGAAUGCUGGCAUUAAGAUAGUGAGAUCGGACGGCUCCAGGAGAUGGAGCAUUUUAAAAGACCGAACCGCGUUUUACACCUCGUGGAAUCGGACGGAGAAGAACGUCAUCUACUCCUCGGUGGGACCGAUAUUCGAGUCCGUUAAAUCAACGGUCCAGAUUGCGCGAGUAACCUUCAAUCCAAAAGAUAUGGAUGAUCGGGAAGAUAUUCCCGCUGAAGUGAAAAUUCUAACAAAAGAGGAAACGGGCAACAAUGCAUUUCCGUCGUGUUCACCUGACGGCAAGUUCGUAGUGUUCAGGUCUGGGAGAUCCGGCCAUAAAAAUCUGUACAUAAUGGAUGCUGUUGACGGGGAAUUUAACGGAGGGAUCCGUCAAUUAACUGACGGUCCUUGGAUUGAUACAAUGCCCAACUGGUCGCCGGACGGGAAACUGAUAGUCUUCUCGUCCAACCGACACAAUCCCAGCAACGUGGAGGCUUUCAGCAUAUACCUUAUUCGUCCGGAUGGAACGGACCUCCGACGAGUCUAUGUGGCAGGGGUGGAGGGAUCAGCAGAGGCAGAGAGGGAGAGGAUCAAUCACGUAUGCUUCAGCCCGGAUUCCUUGUGGCUGGUAUUUACGGCCAAUUUGGGUGGUGUAUUGACAGAGCCGGUGUCCAUGCCAAAUCAAUUUCAGCCAUACGGUGAUUUAUACGUGGUGAGAUUGGAUGGAAGUGGGUUAAAGAGGUUAACGUGGAACGGGUAUGAGAAUGGAACCCCAACCUGGAAUUCAACGACAGGGGAGAUGGAUAUGGAUAUGGAUCGACUGUCGGUGGAGACCGUGGUGGGAGAUAGGCUCAUGGGUCAAUUUGAUGAACCGCUUUGGAUUUCUUGCGAUAUGUGAUAUAUGUGAGAGGGAGACACUACUCUUCAUAAUGUGACACUAUGUAUACGACAUGCAGCCUUGUCCUUUUAUUGGUGUAAUUUUGUGUGGUGUGAAGAAAACAAAAAAAAAGAGAAUUUAACAUGUAUAAGGACAUGAGAAUAUGUUUUCGUUGGAAACGCGCGGUGAGUUCACGCUCAUCCUUGAC